CAUUUGUUAACAUAGGACAUUUGAACUUUUUUUGGUUCAAUGUGCCUACCAAGCAAAGUAACAUAACCUUUAACCUUACAAUUAUUUUAAUUAUACAAUCAAUUUUGUUUGUUUAUAUUAUGCCUCCGCCCGUAAUAGAGCCUCCACCCAUUUUACCGGAAAUUGAUGAGGAGUUAUUGGAAUACCUAACAAAACCAGAAAGGCUUCCGAUUCACGAUUAUGAAAGAAAUCAAGAAUUUUGGCCCCGAAAACCAGACCCAACGAAAUUAUUUCACUAUGAUUUCUCACCUUUGUCAACCACCUUAAAGGUUCAACGUGAUAUGAACACAGGUGAAAUCAUUGAAUUUCGUGAAGUUCCAAUUCAAAAUGUGGGCAGCACAUCAAGAAACUCAACUUUGUUAACUCGUCAGCCGGCCCCGCCAUCUGAGGCGCUAUGGGGUGGCAUUUCUAAUGUUCCAUUCUGGCCAGCAGGUCUUAGUGAUCCCACCGAGGGCUUACCUUUAAAAAAAGAAGCAUUAACGAAAAAUGAUUUAUUGGUGAUUCCACCGGGAUUUAAGUUUGGAUUACUAUUUGAGGACGAUGGAUGUAGAGUUAAAGAAAAAAUUGAUAAGAGUGUCGAAUUGCAAGUGAAGCAAGGCAACGUAGUGAAUUUGUUAGACAUUUUAAAUGAGCAACAUUUUUCUGGUUUAUGGGAAACGGUUGAAAAGAGUCCCGAGACUGAUCAUUCGCAGGAUGUACAAUUACAAACGAGUGAACUUCCAGAAGAAAAAGAUGUUUUGUCUCAGGCUGUGACUAAAGAUGUACCCCUGCUUAAGAUUUCUGAGUUUGAAAAGAAAAAGGUUCGCAAUUUGGAGUGGGCUGUAAAUUUGGAUACCUCGAAGCCUGUUAAAGAUUUUAGGGAACGUAUUCCACAAAUGGCUUUGGAGUAUGAAUUUGAACUGGACACUUUUCAAAAGUUGGCCAUUCUACAGUUGGAACAGCAUAAUCACGUGUUUGUAGCUGCACACACGUCUGCCGGUAAAACGGUUGUUGCCGAAUACGCCAUAGCAUUGUCCCAGCGUCAUAUGACGCGCACAAUUUAUACCUCGCCUAUAAAGGCGUUAUCAAAUCAAAAAUAUCGCGAUUUUAAAAAGAAAUUUAAUGACGUUGGUCUUGUAACCGGCGAUUUUCAAAUUAACAUGAAGGGCUCUUGUUUAAUUAUGACGACCGAAAUUUUGCGUUCCAUGCUGUAUGCGGGUAGCGACGUCACGCGAGAUUUGGAGUACGUCAUUUUCGACGAGGUGCACUAUGUGAACGAUAAGGAAAGGGGGCACGUUUGGGAACAGGUGCUCAUCAUGCUACCCGCGCAUGUUUGUGUCGUGAUGUUAAGCGCCACUGUUCCCAAUACAAUGGAAUUUGCCGACUGGUUAGGUCAGAUCUAUCAGCGUAAGGUCUACGUGAUCAAAACGGCCAAGCGGCCCGUACCUUUACAGCAUUAUCUGUACACUGGAUGCGGUGGUGCCAGUCGAAAUAAUCGAUAUCUACUUCUCGAUCAUAAUGAGGUGUUUCGUAUUGCCGGGUACAAUGAAGCAAAAGCUUCUCUAGCUAAACCUAAGGAGCACAAAGCUUCAGGUCCGCCACAACGAAAUUAUAAUCCCAAACAGGAACAGUAUAUGUGGAAUGGACUUGUAGAUCAUUUAAGUAGAAAUAAACUACUUCCAGUUGUUGCUUUCACAUUUUCCAGAAAUAAAUGCGAUCAAAAUGCCAGAAGUUUGAGGCACUUAGAUCUGACAACGGCUCACGAAAAGCAUUACAUUAAUUCAUUUUUCAAUCGGUGCAUAGCCAGUUUAAAACCACCCGACCGAGAUAUUCCCCAAAUUUUGGAUAUGAAGGAAAUUUUGAGUCGAGGUGUUGGGGUGCAUCAUAGCGGGAUUUUGCCUAUAAUAAAAGAGAUGAUCGAAAUGUUGUUUCAAGGCCAAUAUAUUAAGCUCUUAUUUGCUACCGAAACAUUUGCAAUGGGCGUAAACAUGCCUGCACGUACCGUCGUUUUUGAUUCAAUUAAGAAACACGACGGUCAGUCACUACGACCCCUACUUCCCGCAGAAUACAUCCAAAUGGCCGGACGAGCAGGUAGAAGAGGUUUAGACGAAACAGGCACCGUAAUCAUUCUGUGUAAAGUUAACUUGCAUCCAGUUGAAGAUUUGAAGAGGAUGAUGAUGGGUAAACCGAAUCAAUUAGAGAGUCAAUUUCGAAUAACCUAUGGCAUGGUGUUAACACUUUUACGUGUGGAAAGUUUAAGUGUCGAGGGCAUGAUGUCACGAAGCUUCAGGGAAGCAGACCAUCAGAAAAAAAUGAGUCAAAUUCGAACAAAGUUAGAGACGGUUUCUAAGAAUUUAGAGAUUGAAAAUAGACACGAGUUAAAUGAGCACAUGCAGCCUUUGGUUAAAUUUUACUUGACUGUAAGAACAUUUUUGGAUUAUCAUCAAGAUUUAAUGGAGCAAAUUGUCAUAACUCCCACGAUGCAAAAACAAUUAACUACUGGACGAGUUAUUCUGAUCACACACAAGUCUCACGUUAAUAAGCUAGCAUUAAUACUGACCACUCCGAGUAAGUCAUCAGAUCUGUACAGAGUAUUGGUAUUAACAGACACAGGUUCCUCUGAAUCGGAUGAGAAAUCUGAUAAUUAUUAUAAAAUGUUGGGACUAGCAUCGGACCGUGUCUAUUAUCCUGAAAAUUCUUGCAGCCAUGAGGUAUUAAAAAUUAAACCUGAGGAUAUUUUUGAAAUCACUUCUGCUAUGAUUAAUGUUGAAUACUCAUUUGUAAUUAGCGAUUGGGAUAAAAGACAGAUACCUAGAUUUAAAGACGAUCCUCCCAGUGAGCGUUGCAAAUUCGCCGUGCAGGAGUUGCUAAAAUUAACGAUGAACGUCUCGGAUAAAAGUAAUGCCAACAGACUAACCUACUUAGAUAUGGUGGUUAAAGAUCUCGACUUGCAUAAGUGUUUGCUAGAGUACAAGAAGUUGAAGGAAGGGUUGAUAGACUGCAUCAGUAGUACCCAAAUUCCAAAUUUUGAAGAGCAGUUUCAUAUUGUGUUCAAAAAGAAGUCGCUCGAGGAUGAGGAGGACGAUUUGAAGUUCCAAUUGUCGUAUGAAAGUAUGUCAUUGUAUCCCGAAUAUGAGAGAAGAAUUGCGCUUUUGAAGGAAUUGAAUUAUAUUAACUCUUCAAAUCGAGUGGAAUUGAAAGGGAAGGUUGCUUGUGAAAUUGGAAUGAAUGAACUGUUAAUAACUGAAUUGGUGUUAAGAAAUGUGUUUACUGACUUACAACCGGCUGAAGUUGCCGCUUUACUAUCUGCGCUGGUGUAUCAAGUUAAAAGCAAGCAAGAUGAUAAUGAACUAAAUGAGAACCUUACAAAACCUCUAGUAGAGGGAAAACGUAUAAUUAAAGAGGUGCACAAAGAAAUACAGGAUUUGGAAAUGAAGUUCGAGAUUGACAAAGUUAGCGAACCCUCCAGAGAUUUGAAUUUUGAACUUGUAGAAGUAGUGUACGAGUGGGCCAAUGGGCACCCAUUUGCAACCUUAAUGAAUUUGACGGAGGUUCAAGAGGGGAUAAUCGUGCGGUGCAUUCAGCAGUUAAAUGAAACGAUUUGCGAUGUGAGAGAUGUCGCCCGGUUAACUGGCGAUCCAAAACUUUACACCAAAAUGGAAGAAGCCUCUGCCUCUAUUAAACGUGAUAUCGUAUUUGCGGCUAGCCUUUAUACUCAAAAUGAACACGUUCAAUAAACAUGGGCGUGUUUUUUUA